AUGCUACCGCCUUUCUACGUCCUGGUUCGACCCACUACUUCGUACCUUCACCCAACGAUCCAAUACCAUUACCUCGAUGAUUCACCACUCCCUCUUAUUCCUCGUCAAGGAGAGCAAGUUAUCCUUCUUGACUAUGACCCACAGCCCAUUGCGCAAAGCCUCUCACCCGCUAUCUCCGUUUCCAAUGUGAAAAUCGACGAGGCCCAAGGUGCCGCGCUCGACGAAGGAAUCGUCCGAAAUGACCGAAUGUACACUAUCGAAACUAUCCCAGCUCAAGAGAGGCCAAUUGACGCUUCCAACAUCGGUGAACGGAGGCCGGCAAGCCUCCUGCUAUCACAGUUCAAGCAACGAAAUGCUGUGCUGCGACGGGCCUUGCUUAAUCCUCAGUGA